AUGUAUUCGGCCACAGUCUUGAUAACUGCCGCCUUCUUGGCUGUCACUGGUGUCUUGGGCCAAAACACAACUGUUGAAUGCGCCAAAGGACUUAAGAUGUUCGUCUCUCGCGGCACUGGCGAGCCCAUGGGCCUCGGUGCGACCGGAGCCCUGGUCGACGUCAUUGCAGAACAGAUCAACGGGUCCGAUAUCGAGGCCAUUGAGUAUCCAGCAACUGAGGACGACCCAGUGUACUUUUUCUCGGCGGCAAACGGCACGAUUCUAGUAAAGCAGGCUAUCACCAACUAUGCUAUAGCAUGCCCCGGAUCCAAGAUGGCAGUUUUUGGGUACUCUCAGGUGCGAGCUUGCAACGAUCCUGCAGUGAACGCACAUGCUGACCGUGUCUUGCAGGUGGUAUCGGUUGUACUCUUCGGCGACCCCAGCCAUCGCGGCGACGCUACAUACAACUAUGGAAACAGCACAGGCAGCGGCAUAUUCUGGCGUCACGAUAUCAGCGCAUGUGAGGCGAUGGGCAGCCGUAUUCGCUCGUACUGCGACUCCGGAGACCAAUUUUGCUCCGUUGGCCCGGACGCGAAUGCCUUGACGCAUGUGACCUACCUGCGGAGACACAGCAGCGAUAUUGCUCGGUUCGUUGUCGACCAAUACAACAACGGCGGAGCGUCAAACGAAUCAGACGUCGCCGACCCUUCGCCAACUACCGGCCUUGUCACAGUCAAGGCUCCCGAUUCGAGCGAUAGACUCUUCAAGGAAUAG